UCCAGGCUUUCUCCACUAGACGGCAGCAGAGUCCUUUCUCUGGCUAAACUCCCGGGCGCAGAGUGAUGACGUCGCACUUCCUCCCCAUGUGGAUUCUAUUGGGCUUUCAGUGCUGGAGAGCUCUGUCUUUAAGAUGUGCAUUGUAAAGGGAGAAGCUGCUACUCAGAGAGAGAGAGUUAUUUGACGGUUCCCAAGACACCGAAUCUUCAUUUUGUGGCUUUUGACUGACAGGUUGAAGAGCCGCACGCGGGAAGCAAAAUGGAGUCUGACGUGGAGCGCCUCCUGAUCCAGUUCAAAGACGAAGCUGGCGAGAUCUUGGGCUCCCCCUUCGAUGUCCCCAUCGACAUCACUCCAGACAAGCUCCAGCUGGUCUGCAACACCCUUUUGGAGCAGGAGGAGCCGCUGCCCCUGGCCUUCUACGUGCGUGACUCCGAAAUUGUCACUUCCUUGGAGAAGACGCUCGCUGGGCAAGCCCUGGAGACGGAGAAGGUGGUGGAGAUAGUCUACCAGCCCCAAGCCGUGUUCAAAGUCCGGGCCGUGACCCGCUGCACCAGCUCCCUCGAGGGGCACAGCGAAGCCGUCAUUUCCGUCGCCUUCAGUCCUACCGGCAAGUAUCUCGCCAGCGGCUCCGGCGACACGACCGUUCGUUUCUGGGACCUGAGCACAGAGACGCCCCACUUCACAGCCAAAGGUCACCGUCACUGGGUGCUGAGUAUCUCUUGGUCUCCCGAUGGCAAGAAGCUGGCAUCCGGUUGCAAAAACAGCCAGAUUUUUCUCUGGGACCCGAAGACGGGGAGCCAGGUCGGCCGGGUGCUUGUGGGACACUCCAAAUGGAUCACAUCCCUCUGCUGGGAGCCUCUGCAUUUGAACCCUGAGUGUCGCUACCUGGCCAGCUCCUCCAAGGAUGGGAGCGUUCGUGUUUGGGAUACGGUCUCUGGCCGUUGUGACCUGAUCCUGACCAGCCAUACACAAUCGGUGACCUGCGUCAAGUGGGGUGGAGAUGGCCUCCUCUACUCAGCUUCUCAAGAUCGGACCAUCAAGGUCUGGAGAGCCCAAGAUGGAGCAAUGAUCCAAGAACUCAACGUUCUGAUCGACAAGUUCAGCAGAGUGGUCCUCCAUGAAAUAUCUCCACGCAGCCCCUCAAGGUUCGGAGGAACAGUAAGCAAGAGGACCAGGAACAUUGCAAAUGGGGUACAGGAAGCCCUCCCUUAUCUGAUGGUGGCCGAGAUAAAGGAGAAAGCAUUGCAGAGGUACAACCAAGUCCGAGGCCAAGGGCCUGAACGGCUGGUCUCCGGGUCGGAUGACUUCACUUUGUUUCUUUGGGUACCCGCCGAGGACAAAAAGCCCCUGGAGAGGAUGACGGGGCACCAGGCGCUUAUCAAUCAGGUUCUCUUCUCUCCCGACACCCGCAUCAUCGCCAGCGCGUCCUUUGACAAGUCUGUUAAGUUGUGGGACGGCAAAACCGGAAAGUACCUUGCCUCCCUCCGAGGACAUGUCUCCGCCGUCUAUCAGAUCGCGUGGUCGGCUGACAGCCGCUUGCUGGUCAGCGGGAGCAGCGACAGCACCCUCAAAGUGUGGGACGCCAAGACCCGGAAACUGGCCGUCGAUUUGCCUGGCCAUGCGGAUGAGGUGUAUGCGGUGGACUGGAGUCCCGACGGUCAACGUGUAGCAAGCGGAGGGAAGGAUAAAUGUCUGAGAAUAUGGAGGCGAUAGCUGCGAGGAACAACUCCACAGUUCUUUCACGGCCCAAAUAUCCCUUCCGUUUUUAGGGAGGGCCAUUUGAAGGAAGACUCUGGGUUCAUUCUCCGGAUAAGGAGGUCCUUUCCUUCUCCCUAUCGACACUCUUCGACCCUUCUUCUGGCAUCACCAGCGUUCAAAACGAAGUGAAUCCACUUCACUUGCCUUUGGCAACGAAAACUGAGGGUAACACAGAAACCAAAUGGAGAAUCUUAGCUUCAGAAAAUAGGGAUUGUUGUGUCGUUCUUGCCAGUCAUGAACACCGACUAUGCUGGAGCCAUGCUGGGAAACACAAAGAAGGUCUCCAGGGUUUUUGCAUGGAAAGACGUCUUGCGUAGGAGUAGCAGAAUAAUGCGCCCUUCGCUCAAUUUCUCUUUUCUAUAUUUCAAUCAAUCAAUCAAUCAAUCAAUAUGUGACCUGGUUCAGCUCCAUCCGAAAGUCAGCUGUGUGAGAGAGUAAACCAAUGUCCCAAAA